AUGGUCCUCGAUCCAGUCAGCGCGCUGAGUAUCGCUGCAAGCGUGGUCCAGUUCAUCGACUUCGGCACGAAAUUGAUCUCGAAAAGUCGGGAACUGGCACGGAACUCAACCGGAACGCUGGGCGAGCAUGGAGAGAUGAUAGCGGCCUCAAAUCGGCUCAAGGACCUGGAUGAUGGCCUUCUGAAGUCACUCUCUAUCUUGACCGCUGAAAAGAAGAAAUUGACGGAAGCAGAAACGGCCUUGAGGGCCGUCUCCCAGGAAUGCAGAGAUAUGGCUGCAGAAUUUAGUCAGACAUUGAGCGAGUACUCUGUAGAACCUGGGCAAAAUGCAUGGAAGAGCUUCCGCAAGGUCUUCAAGGCUGUAUGGGACAAAGAGGGUAUCGAGGCAAUGCGACAACGUGAUUCCCAGUACCAAAUCUUGGAGGACCUUCGUGGUGAAGGCAAACGCGUGGAGGCCAGCAUCCUGGACGCCGUCCGCCAGUCCAGUACGGAACUUCAGUCGACGCUCGCCGGAUUUGCUCGCCAGUUUGCCAAGAAUCCCAGGAAACAUCAAUUAACUAGGCUCAAAGCGGACCGGGACCAGUAUAUCUCCAAGCAAAAGAACGCCAUCGACCGAGUUUCAUCUGAUAUUCACAGCCGCAUCAACGAAGACAGCUCCAAACGCUUGAAAGAGUACAUUUUAAGCACCCUCUAUUUCACGCAAAUUCGAGAAAGACGGUCUCAAAUCCGUCCUGCUCAUCGAAAGACGUUCGACUGGAUUUUCCGGACAUCAGACCCGCAAAACCAAUUAUUCUCCAACUUUCGAGAAUGGCUUGAGGGUGCGCGUUCGGCUCGAGGGCUCUACUGGAUCUCUGGAAAGCCCGGCUCAGGUAAGUCCACGCUAAUGCGGUACUGGUCAGAGGAUGAGCGAACCAAGAAUGCGCUUGCUGUCUGGGCCCAUCCAAAAUCUAUAUUAUACGCCAGUUGCUUCUUCUGGCUGGCGGGCACCGAGACGCAGAAGUCACUCAAUGGCUCGCUAAGGUCCCUUCUUCACGACUUGCUGACACAAGUGCCUUCCCUGAUACCUGAGGUGGCCCCCUGGCGCUGGCGAGCCGCCGACUUCGGCUCUAACCUGCCUCCCUGGACCAAUUCCGAGUUGCUUGAGGCGUUCCACGAGCUUGUUGCGGUGGCAAGGCAGACACAUUGUUUGUUUAUUUUCAUAGACGGCCUGGACGAAUUCCAUGGCGACCCCGAACAACAGACUGAACUUCUCGCACUUUUGGCAUCCUUGUCCAAAUCAGAUUCGAUCAAGCUAUGCGUCUCUAGUCGGCGUUAUCCAAUAUUCCAGACUGCCUUCGAAGGGUUUCCGACUUUACGGCUGGAAAAUUUGACCCGCAACGACAUCAAGAUUUUUGUGGAGGGUAGGCUCGGAGAUCUCAAAGCCUUCAGGCCGUUACAACAAAUCUACCCACAAGAAAGCAAUGAACUCGUCUUGGAAAUUGUCAAGAGGGCCCAAGGAGUAUUCCUCUGGGUGCAUCUUGUGGUUCGGUUAUCAUGCCAAGGGGUAAUUGAUGGCGACUCGAUGACGGCGCUUUCUCGCCGACUUGAAGAGAUCCCCGACGACCUGGACGAGUUCUUCCGACGCAUCAUCGAUGGCAUCCCUCGUCAGCAGCGCAAAUACGCGUCUCGAUAUUUCACAUUAAUGCUGGCUUCUACAAGGAAGCCGCCACUCCUGUCCUUGUUCUUUGUUGACGAGGAAGUCCCAGACUUUGUCGAGAAAACGCCGUUGCAGGUUUCUCAUAUACAAUCUCUUCAAGCUCGGCAGCGAGUGAUGGAACGAAGACUUGAGAGCCGCUGCAGAGGCUUGCUCGAAGCGCGGAAGCAUGAUCAGAACUCUUGGCCGCCCAUCGGUUGCCAGACGGAGUACUAUGUGGAUUUUCUUCACCGCAGCGUGCGAGAUUUUCUGCUGUCGAAGGACACGCAGAGCGUUUUGCACGAGUAUUCUUCAGGCGACUUUGAUCCCAACGAUUUCCUGUGUAAAGCGACGCUUGCGCAACUGAAAAUGGCCGAUUCGCAGCUUCCUGAUGUGCUCGAGCUUUCUAUCGUCUUCUUGGAACAUGUAAGAGAGCUGGAGCGAUCUUCUGGCACGGCCCAUCCGAGACUUUUCGACACUUUUACAUCCCUGCUCAAGCAUCACGCUCCGCACUGGCCUUCUUCGCCCGGAUCUUAUGUUGCGUUGGCUCUGGCCUUUUCAGUUGAACAUUACGCAACACAUAUGAUCAGAACCGGAUCUUUGGAUAUGAACUGCCAGUACGAAUGCCCAUUGAUUCCAGGAUCAGCUGCUACUCUACUCGAGUACAGCAUAGGUGCGGAUCUGCCCUCGAGUAUCAGAAACCACAGUUUAGUAAGGGGUAAGCCGCUCGGAUCUGCUGCGACUGCUCUCCUCGAACACGGCGCAAAUCCAAACAGUCAACGAGGUGCUCGGACUGAUUGGAAGUUCUUCCUCCGUUCGGCUGAGCGUGAGAAGCAUUUGUGCUCCGAGCUGGACCCUUCCUGGGCGCGAAUAGCGCGAGCUUUUGUUGAGCAUGGGGCCGGCCGGGAAGCGACCCAACGGCGACGCGUUCUGCAUUCGCGAAGGGCCCUUCAAGAGCUUGACUACUAUGCAGAUGUCUUGGAGAUGGUGUUCGAGGGCCACGAAGGGAAAGAGUACGCUGCUAUCCUGCGUGAGAACUCUUCGACAUUGGGCGGCGUAAAGCGAAUCUUUGCACGAUCUCCGCGAAGGUGA